GUCAAAUUUCCUCUGUUCGUCACCUCUUUUCCUCGUUCUUUUUAUUUAACCGUCCUCCUCUCGCGCAAAAAGCCCUAAUUUGCUGCGUCGCCAUUUUUUCCCCUGCUUCCGUUUGAUUUCUUACUUUUUUGGGGGAAAAGAUUGCUGGGUUGAUGGAGAAAAAAGACGAGGAUUUGUCGAUACAGAUUUACAAAGAUCCCAAUUUUACCGGCGGUUGCUUGGAAAUACGGUUGUUCUACGUCCGGAUCGCGCCGUGCGCAGUUGGCGCUGUGCCGGACCACCUCACCCUCCGCCAUCUCCGCCGCGAGAUGGGCGUUUGGCUCGAAAUUAAUGGGUCUCGCCUCCCGGCCUCCGACGCCGCUUGGAUCACGCUCCGCCUGGAUCGAGCUGAUAAGGAUUCUUCCGAGGCGACUUAUUUGAGCACCGACAGAGUCCGAGUUUCUGGGCCGGUGGAGUUUGAGGUGCAGGAGACGAAAGAUGUAUUGCUUCUGUGUGGAUCUUUAGAGAGAGGGGAGACCCCGUGGACGAAUGGGUUGGAUAGCUCCUCCAAGACUGGCUGGAGCUUGGAUUGUUACACGGCUGCUCCACUUGUGUCCGGGGGGUCGUCGUUUUUCCAGCCCAAGUUUUCCUUUUGCUCUCCUUCCAUUGAGGUCUACAUAGCAGGUUGUUGUUCUGGUGUGCCGGUUAUACUGACAAAAACAAUCCAGGUUAGCCCAAGAAAGAAGGUGCUGAGGCAGAGUGUAUUGGAUGCCAUUCCUGAGGACGAGGAAAUAGGGAAGGACCAGAAUAGCAGUAACAGAUUGGUUCUACAGCGUCAAAAGAUGAUCACAGAGGCUGAAGUGGAUUAUUAUGGUUCAGAUGCAAAAGCUGAGCAUGGUUCAUAUUUGGAUGGAAUGUACCCUGGUGAAGAGGGGCAGCUGUCAUGGUUUAACGCUGGGGUGAGAGUUGGUGUAGGAAUAGGCCUUGGGAUGUGUGUAGGUGUCGGCAUUGGUGUCGGACUUCUCAUGAGAUCCUAUCAAGCCACAACCAAAAACCUACGAAGGCGGUUUUUCUAGAUGUCGUGAGGGUUCUUGACAUUGGAAAGUAAGCUGAAGAAAAAAAGAAAAGAGAAUCAGGAAC